CUAUAAAACACAUUUAAAACUAUAAUGGAAAAACCCGAACCCAAAGAGUCAUCAAAGGGUGUCGAUUUAAAAGUGAUGCGGACCGAGUUUGAGUUGUACCACAUAAUUAGCUGCGGUCACUUCAAACGGCGGUUGCUGGAGCGCUGCCGCAAUGCCAACAUAUCCGGGUACGUGAUGUAUAAGAACAACGGACGCAUCGCAUGUGGUGUGAUGGAGGGCCUACCGGAGGACAUCAACCAAUUGAAGCUAUGGAUCUCCACCCGUUUUAUUCCAGAGCUCUUUGUUAAACGCUCCACUUUCUCGGCCUAUGAGAUUUGCUUCAACCCUGAUAGACAGGAGUUCUGCGAGAGAACCUCUGUUCCGGACAAGGAGCCGCUUCUGGCCGAUAUGUACGAAAAAGAUAUUGUGAAUCCGGAAGAAAGAGCCAAGCAACAGGCCAAGGCCGAGGCAGAGGCAGAAGGAUCGAACUCGUUCGACUCGCACGAUGAAACAGUGACCGGAUCCGUAGGUGGUUUCGAUUCACAUUAA